CUAAGACCAGGGGUUGAAGUUUACAAAGAAAGAGAGAGUGGCGAAUGUAGUUUCAGUUCAAUGUUGAGAAACCUCCGAUCCCGGCGGCGCUCCCCUUACGGCGCCUACUUGUGCGCCGUUAUUUCCGCCGUCCUCCUUCUUCUCUCUGUCUCCCUUCUCUACUCUCGCCUCUCUCUCUCCCACCCUCACUCCAACUACCUCCGUCCCUCUCUCCUCUCCGACUCCGACGAUGCCGAUCUCUCUAUCUCCGCCGCCGAAGACCCCAUCGACGAGCUCGACAUCAUCAUCGACGAGCAACAAGACCACCACGACGCCCUCAACGUUAAGGCUUCCGCCUAUUUCUUCGAUCCUCUCACGGCCUCCAUUCGCCGGUCUUUCAUAACCACUCCUUCUUCCAUCCACCAAUGGGACGACGCCGACGAGAAACUCACCAUCGGGAGAUCCACUCCCGAGGAUCGAUCCAAGGCGGCGUUCGGCUCCGACGACAUGCCCGUCGACGACGACGUGAGGACGAAGGCGACGCAGUUGACUGGAAUGGAGGACGCGCUUUUGCUGAAAGCUUCUCCGUUGAGGAAAGGCUGGGGUGAGUGGUUCGAUAAGAAAGGCGUGUUUCUGAGGAAAGACAGGAUGUUCAAGUCCAAUUUCGACGUCUUGAAUCCGAUCAACAAUCCCCUGCUUCAAGAUCCCGACGGCGGCAUCGGCGUCGCCGCCACCGGUCUCACCAGAGGUGACCGGAUCGUGCAAAAGUUGUGGAUGAAUGAAUUCAAGAGAGUGCCGUUCCCUGGUAAUAAGAAGAUUCUUCUCAACAUUGACAAUGGUAAUUUAGAUACUUCUAAAGUAGGCGCAGAACGAAAAACCUUGAAUGAUAAUAGACCUAUUAAGAAAGAUGUCAUUGUUGUUAAUGAUGGCAUUCAAGGGAAGAGUGUUGUGAAUCAUAUAUAUGCAGAUGGUAAUAGUUGGGGAUACUAUCCUGGUUUGCCUCUGCAUUUGACCUUCGUAGACUUCAUGGAUUCCUUUUUAAGGAUUGGUAAAUGCGUUAUGAGGGUGUUUAUGGUGUGGAAUUCACCACCUUGGAUGUUUAGUGUUCGGCAUCAACGUAGCCUCGAGAGUUUGCUCUUUCACCACCCUCAUGCAUGUGUUGUUGUGUUCUCCGAGACUAUUGAGCUCGAUUUCUUCAAAGAUAACUUCGUCAAGGACCGUUACAAAGUUGCUGUUGCUAUGCCGAAUCUUGAUGAGCUGCUGAAGGAUACGCCUGCUCACAUUUUUUCUUCGGUCUGGUUUGAAUGGAGAAAGACAAAGUUUUAUUCUACUCAUUAUAGUGAGCUUAUCCGUCUUGCUGCUCUGUACAAGUAUGGUGGGAUCUAUCUAGACUCAGAUAUUAUAGUUUUGAAGCCAAUUUCUUUCCUUAAUAAUUCUGUUGGUAUGGAGGAUCACGUUGCUGGAAGUGCUUUGAAUGGUGCUGUGAUGGCUUUUGGGAGGCACAGUCCGUUCAUAAAGGAGUGCUUGGAAGAGUUCUAUAUGACAUAUGAUGAUACCCGUUUAAGAUGGAAUGGUGCUGAUCUAUUGACAAGGGUUGCACGAAAAUUUUUGGGAGAGGAGAACAAAUCUAUUAAACGGUUGGAAUUGAAAGUGGAACCCUCCUAUAUCUUCUUCCCUAUUAGUUCUCAAAACAUUACAAGAUACUUUAUUGCACCGGCAACAGAGACUGAGAAAGAUCAGCAAGAUGCUCUGCUGGAGAAAAUAUUGCACGAGUCAUUGACAUUUCAUUUCUGGAACAGCUUGACAUCUGCUCUGAUGCCAGAACCAGACAGCCUUGUGAGCAGGCUUAUGAAUUUUGCAUGUAUCCGAUGUUUGGAAUUACUGUAAAUCCCAACUUAUACCAAGUCUGUCAGCAUAGCAUAUUAGGAAUCCUCUAUAUCUUUGGCUAAUAUACAAGAUUAUAAUCCUUGAAGCCAUGUUAUCGCUCUGAACAUUGCAGGCCUUAAGACAUCUGCAGGUUCUUGUCCAUGUAGUUGUACAAUUUUGUUGUAUGUUUAUACUUUAUUGUAGGUAAAUACUGGGUUGGAGUCCACACUAGAAGCGAGCUAAAAUAUACUGAAAACAUUGUAGAGAUGCAUGGUUCGCUCUUGUAUUGUAUUACGACUAACAAUAUAGCAUGCAUUAGAGAUGCAUAUUUCAUCACUGCACGGUUUUGGUGGAAUUGCAAUAUGUAACUGAUAUUUUUCAUUAGUUGAUGAAGAAAUAAAGCAAGAUUCUAUUAUUAUUAUUA